CUAGAAGGAAGAGGAAAUUACACAAACUCACGGAGAGAAGAUGAGUAACAACAACGUGUUGGAGGCUCUUAAGCAGAAGUUGCUUCAGGAACAGGGCGAGGGUGCUGGCUAUAGGGCCCGAGAGUCGAGGGACGGUGAGAGAACUGCUGGUGAGAGGGCUCCUGAGUCCAAUGGCUACAGCUCUGUGAGAGAUACUCGUGGCUCUGACUACAGAGACCGUGAUGCUGACAGACGGGAGUAUGGCAGAGGUGGUGGUAACUACAGAGAUUACAGAAGAGACGAUAGACGGUACAGGAACUCCGGCGGAAGGGAGGAUAACCGCUCCAGAGGCUACGAUUCAAGAGAUUACAGGGACUCGAGGGAUUCAAGGGAUCACUAUAAUGAUCGGAGAGCGUACAGGGAUGGUCGUAGAGACCACCGAGACUACAGAGACUACAGGGAUCGCAGAGAUCGCAGGGACCCUAGAGAUCACAGAGAUCACAGAGAUCACAGAGACCAUCUGGAGUUCUCCCAGUACAACUUCAAGCCAGAAGAAGUUGAAUCUGCCACCAGCAUCGACAAACUGGAGCGACACUCAUUGUGGGAUGUCAAGCCAAAAGGGUUUGAAAAAGUCAGUGCUGAAAGGGCAAAGAUUUCAGGUUUAUUCCCAUUGCCUGGUGAAGGUCGUAAACAACGUAUCGAUAUCUCCAAAGUUGAAGGACUGGUCAACAGUGGUGAUUUGAACAACUACACGUCAAUUCUGUUCGACGAGGUCAAUAUUGACCCUGCAUCCUCUCGUCUUUCAAAACAAUUAAUCAUAUCUGGUGUGGAAUUUACACUGUACCCUGUUGAACGUCUCGUGAAAGGUUUGACAACUUUCAUCUCUUCAUUGGCAAUUGAUGGUGCGAUGAUCGUCAAACAUGAACUCCACCUAAACAAGUUCUUGAUAUUACAACUCUCAACGAGUGAGUUGACUACAAUACUAUACGCAUCGUCGUACCAUUUACAAAAGGAGUUGAACCUCUCGUUAACCAUUGAAAGACCACAAUCUUAUAUCUCUCCUCAAAGAAUUCCAAAUGACCCAUCAUCCGAUUGUUCGAAUAAGAUCGCUAUUGUUAAUGUACCCUCUGAUAUUACGGAAGAAGAUUUGAAGGACGAUUUGGAUCCAUUGGUACCUAAUUGCCAUAUCCAAAUAAUCAAAGAUAACGAUUCAAACUCAUUGGGAAUUGUGUUUGUAACGGUUCCAGAUGGUAAAGACGUGGGGGAGAUUGUUGAACUCAUCAAUAAGAUUCAAAUCAGGGACGUAACUCUUCAUUCCAUCAAAGCGUGUGCAGGACUUGAACAAGUUGAAAAGGUCACUUUCAGAUCGUUAGCGAAAAUAGCAAGCUCUCACCAGCUAGUCGAAACCAACGUUAUUGUGAUCUUGAAUGCCGUUCAUCCAGAAGAGUUGAAGAAAGACAUGGCAUACGACCAAGUAACAAAAGAUAUGGCACAUGAAUGUUCAAAGUUUGGAUCGGUUGUAUCUCUGAAAAUACCACGUCCAGAUGAGUCCUACAAGAGGAAUUUAAAAAACUUGCAAUCUUCAAUUGGUAAGAUAUUUGUGAAAUUCGAAUCCACAGACAAUGCAACAAAGGCUGUUAAAGGUUUGCACGGAUGUAAGUACCAUGAAAGAACCGUCUUGGUGAGUUAUAUCCCUGAAAAUGACUACGAAUUGAACUUAUUCUGAACUUUUGAUUUGAUCAACAAAAAUGUGUUUUUUAAGCUAUAUAAUGACGUGAAAAAGGAAGAGUUAUUCGCUUACAACUUUGUAGCUGGGGUAGAUCUCUCCAAAGUGGUAACGUCAUCGUAGAUCAAAGUGGUCAAGAAGUUGUGGUACUCCUUGCCGGUAACGUCAUCCUUGAAGUAGU